UCACUACGAGAGACGCGUGCAGUUUGCACUGACCGGAGAUUGUAGUAUCGUUGUUACUAUGUUGGCAUGAGGAUCAAGUCUCGUGAGUAGCGGUGGAACCAACGUGCUGAUUAUGCCUAGAUAAAGCAACGCAACUCCCUGACACUUUGUGUGAUAAUGGCAUGCGAUGAUUCGAUUGACGAUUUUCCGGACAAAGUGUUGUUGACCGGAUCACCGUCUUCAUGCACGUGCAUCAAUACGUGCAAAACCCACAACAGAAGAAGUAGCAGCGUGAGCAACAUCAGUGUGGUUUUCCUCGGCUUCUUUAUUUUGUCUCUGUCUCUGCACGUUAUCACGCUGCUGUGCUACCUGGAUCUCCGGUCCGAAGUGAAGCGGGAGAUUUCUCAGCGGAGAGGAGUGGACGAAAAGUUGACCCUCGGUGGAACGGAUGUGACCGACCCGUUGAUCCCCUCCGGUGCCCGGGCACAGGGUCACGAGGAGAGGUUGCUCCACAGACAGCCGGGUGGCCACCCCACCAGACCCCCCACAGCCACAGGGGACAGCAGCAGUAUUCACAGACAGCCGGAUGGCCACACCACCAGACCCCCCACAGCCCCAGUGGACAGCAGCAGUAUUCACAGACAGCCGGAUGGCCACACCACCAGACCCCCCACAGCCCCAGGGGACAGCAGCAGUAUUCACAGAGCCAAACGGAGCCCAAGGAAACAAUCUGACUCAGAAUCAACUGGGAAACGGAAAGAAACAGAAAGAAGAAAGAAAGGAAGGAAGAGGUCUCCUCCUGGAGCUCAGGGCUCCCCCGGUCCACCUGGUUCCCCAGGCCCCCAGGGGCCUCCAGGUAUUCCUGGUAUCCCUGGUAUUCCUGGUAGCAACGCGGUGGGCCUCGCUGGACCUCCUGGUACCCCAGGGCCCCAGGGGCCCCCCGGGCUGACGGGACCGGCAGGUAAGGGAUUCGUCGAUAAAACCAAAACAAGAGACUUCCAGCCUGCUGUGGUUCAUCUUCAAGGACAGGAAACCACCAUUCAGGUUAAGGAAGACCUGUCUGAAGGUGUCUUGAGGAACUGGAAGAUGGUGUCGAUCCACCACCGUGUCUUCAAGAUGCACUCUCGCUCCGGACAACUGGAGGUCCUACUGGACGGCAUCUACUUCAUAUAUAGUCAGGUAGAAGUGUACUAUCUGAACUUCACGGACAUUGCCAGCUACGAGGUGAUGGUAGACUCCACCCCCUUCCUGCGUUGUACCUGCAGCAUGGAGACGGGGCAGAGGAAGUUCAACACAUGCUACACGGCGGGGGUCAGCCUGCUGAGGGCGGGACAAAGGAUCUCCAUCAGGAUGGUCUAUGAUGACACGCUGAUCAGCAUGACCAAUCACACUACGUUCCUGGGGAGCGUCAGGCUGGGGGAUUCCCCUUGACCAAUCACACCACGUUCCUGGGGCUCCCUGACCAAUCACACCUCCUUCCUGGGGCUCCCUGACCAAUCACACCUCCUUCCUGGGGCUCCCUGACCAAUCACACCUCCUUCCUGGGACUUCCUGACCAAUCAUACUACGUUCCUGGGGAGCGUCAGGCUGGGGGAUUCCCCCUGACCAAUCACACUACGUUCCUGGGGCUCCCUGACCAAUCACACCUCCUUCCUGGGGCUCCCUGACCAAUCACACCUCCUUCCUGGGACUUCCUGACCAAUCAUACUACGUUCCUGGGGAGCGUCAGGCUGGGGGAUUCCCCCUGACCAAUCACACUACGUUCCUGGGGAGCGUCAGGCUGGGGGAUUCUCCCUGACCAUGACCAAUACGGCACAACUUCCUGGGGCUCCCUGACCAAUCACACCUCCUUCCUGGGGCUCCCUGACCAAUCACACCUGCUUCCUGGGACGUGUCUGUAACGACUGUCUUCGGGUGAAAGAGAGGCGGACCACGAUGCAGAGUGAUAAUCCAUAUUUAAUGGGAUAAACACCGAACAAAACAACAAACCGACGAAACAGUCCCGUAGCGUGAACACUAAACACUGGAACAGGAACAAUCACCCACAAAAUACCCACACAAUAUGGCUGCCUAAAUAUGGUUCCCAAUCAGAGACAACGAUAGACAGCUGCCUCUAAUUGAGAAACAAUGUAGGCAACAAUGGACGUACAAAAACACCUAGAGAGGACGACACCCCCAUAAACAUACAAAAACACCUAGAGAGGAACACACCCCCCAUAAACAUACAAAAACACCUAGAGAGGAACACACCCCCCAUAAACAUACAAAAACACCUAGAGAGGAACACACCCCCCAUAA